AUGCGGCCAAAAAAAAUUGCGCUUGAAGCCCAGUCCGCUAGGCCUCAAGAGCAAUUGUUGGCGGGAGACACAAACCUAAAAAUGCCUUCCAACCAAGCCAUGAACGUGAUUCUUUCUAUCGAGAGCGCCGAUGAGAAGGAAAUAUUAAGGAGCGCCAUUACAGCCAUACAAAAUCACGAUUCUACGCUUCUGAACCGACUUGGCUUCGACGUGGGUCAGUCAAGUUCUAUGGAAGACGUUGGCGACAUGUACGCGGAGCUGAAUAUCACCGGGCAUCGGUGGUACGACCAGGGUAUCACCAACUGCCUCAAUUUCUUGUUUGAUACAAACCAGUUGGAAGCACCUAUUGCCAACAGGGAAGCAGAUGAUGCCACAAGCUUUGUUGACAAGACUUACUUUUGGACCACAGACCUCAAGUCGUCGAUGAGGGAAGUCCUAAGACUUGGAGUCGAUGGCAUCCUCACCAAUAAGCCAGAAUUUGUAAUCGAAGUUCUAAACGAAGACGAAUUCAAACAAAGCGUGAGACUUGCCAACGCCGAAGACAAUCCCUGGAUGCGAAUUCCGUGA